UAGAUCAAUGGUAAUAUGGAAAGGCUUCUGAAUAACCAGCUCAACAUCGUUUCUUUGGACCGGGGUCCUUAUACCACGUGAUGACCAUUCAAACGAAAAGGCGGCGCGCAAUGGUUGUUGUAUCUACAUGUCAUCCUCAGAAUGUGUCCUACCAAGUUUGUGCUAAAGUGUGGGAACUUCGCCGUGCUGGUGGAUCUCCACGUUCUGCCCCCGGGGUUGGGAGAAGAGGCCAGCUGGUUCACCGAGCAGCACAAGGAGGAAGUGUGCCAGAUGAUCAGAGACGCAGUGGAUCAGAGGGUUCGCCACUUCCUGGAGACCAGACACCAGAGGGGUCAGCCGAAGCAGAGGAAAGGCUCGGCUUCAGCCAGUCCCGUCUGUGUUAAAGGAGAGCGCAUCCGUCUGGCGGCCUACUUCAUGAAGCGCCACGUCAACCUGAGGUGCGUCGGGCCACGGCGUCGGGGAGAGUUGCGUGUGUUUCCCGAGCGGCUGGUUGUGUGCGCGAGCGUUCCAGCGGACGCGGCGGAGCGGGGGGGAGGAGGAGGAGGAGGAGGAGGAGAAGAAGAGGCCGACCCGACCUCGGUGAGGGACUGUUUACGUUUCCCCGCUUCCUCUCCCAGCAGCGCCUCGACCGAACCCGAGCGGGAGGGUCGCGAGCGUUCUCACAGAGCGCCGCCGCCGCCGCCGCCGCCAUGGCCGCCAAACCCUGCUCGGGUUCACGCCUCGACCGUGUUCACGCGGGCCGGCCCUGGACCCCCCGCGCCCCCCGCAGCCAGGCCGCAGGCCGCUCUCAGAAACAGAGCGCCCCCUGGGAAACAGAGCGCCCCUGGGAAACAGAGCGCCCCUGGGAAACAGAGCGCCCCUGGGAAACAGAGCACCCCUGGGAAACAGAGCGCCCCUGGGAAACAGAGCACCCCUGGGAAACAGAGCGCCCCUGGGAAACAGAGCGCCCCCUGGGAAACAGAGCGCCCCUGGGAAACAGAGCGCCCCCUGGGAAACAGAGCGCCCCUGGGAAACAGAGCGCCCCUGGGAAACAGAGCGCCCCCUGGGAAACAGAGCGCCCCCUGGGAAACGGAGCGUCUGGUCGGGGACGCGGGGGCGACCUUCUCGUCUGUCCCGUAG